AUGGCUUCUGUAGUACCCUCUAAAUCAUCAAUCAUUUCAAUUUAUAGACAACUACUAUACUACACUGGUCUUACAGGUGCAGGUAAACAGAUAAAACUAGAUGAAAUAAGAACGACCUUUAGAGAAAACCGUACCAUUACAGACCCUCAACAAAUAAUAAAAUGUUUUGAUACUGCACAAAAGAAAUUAAAGUUUUUAAAAGUUAUAACACCAAGAUCGCCGAGAUCACAUAAAGUUGCAGGUAAAUAUGUCUAUGAAGAUGGAAAGCUUAUACAAGGACAAGGUGAAGCGAAAUCAAAGAGCAAAUACAAAGAUCAAGGAAUAGAUAUCAUGGAUUACAAUAGACAUCAACACUUACUUAAAAGACAACACUUUGGUGGUAGAUAA